CUGGAACUAACAGUUUUGGGAUUUGUUUGACAACAGCUGUUCGUGUGUCGGGAUUGGAAAUUAUUCAAAUGCUUGGCAUACGCAACGCCAUCUCCAAGCUGCGUACAAUAACACGUGCUCCUGCAUCUUUAGUAGUCCAACGAUCCAUUGCCUGCCGGAUGCCGACUGCGUCAUCGUCUGCAUCAACCAACAUUGACCAGGUUGUAGCCCAGCUGGGGAAGCCGCCCAAGAUGAGGGAAGAGCCGGCAUUUAAAAAAGUCGACAGUCCGGAGUUUCAUAGCAUCUUCACACCUGAAUUGGAGCAGCUGGUAUCCCUUUUUAAGAAGUAUAACUUUGAGCUUAGGAUUGCUGGUGGUGCUGUGCGUGACAUUCUCAUGAGUAUCAAACCGAAGGACAUUGACUUGGCAACUACGGCUACGCCGGACCAAAUGAAAGAAAUGUUUACCAAGGAGGACGUGCGUAUGAUCAAUGCCAAGGGAGAGAAGCAUGGAACCAUCACUCCUCGCAUCAACAACAAAGAGAACUUUGAGGUGACAACAUUGCGGAUUGAUGUGCGCACCGAUGGACGACAUGCGGAUGUGGUAUUCACGACAGACUGGCAGCUGGAUGCCAAUCGACGGGAUUUAACCAUCAAUUCCAUGUUCCUCGGUUUCGAUGGCACUGUCUAUGAUUACUUCUAUGGUUAUGAAGAUCUACAGGAGCGUCGUAUACGCUUCGUAGGCGAUGCAAAUAUCCGAAUCAAAGAGGACUAUUUACGGGUUCUACGUUAUUUUAGAUUUUAUGGAAGAAUCGCUAAUGAUGCAAAUAGUCAUGAUACAGAAACUUUGUUGGCCGUUAAAGAUAAUGCCGCAGGCCUAGGCAGAAUUAGCGGAGAGCGAAUUUGGUCAGAGCUACAAAAGAUAGUUGUGGGCAACUAUGGGCGCGAGCUAUUACUAGAGAUGAACCGGUGUCAACUUUUGGAAUACUGUGGACUUCCUUCCCAUCCCGAAUUGCAGGAGUUUGAGCGACUUUGCGGCGACUUGGAACAGUUUGAGCCUCCCAAUCAUCCAAUUUUGUAUAUGACAGGGCUAUUACACACCGUCGAGGACGCCAUGAAACUGCAUGAACGCUUGAAACUGUCUGCAUAUGAACGAGACUUGGCUCUGUUUAUCACUCAGCAGCGGGACCGUGUGGAUAAGGAAUAUAGCUGUCUGCGUGAUUAUCAGAAGCUUUGCCUGCAACCCUACGCUAAGCGUGACUAUGUUGAGCAGUUGCUCAAGUAUUCUAACAAACUGGAACUUCACCGACAGCUAAAGUCAUGGGCAACACCAAGUUUUCCGAUAAAUGGUAAUACACUUAAGGGAUCAGGCCUUGUGGGCCAGAAGCUUGGGCUUGCGCUGACCCAAUUACGCCUUCUAUGGGCAGACAGUGAUUUUAAGCUAACGUCCGAGCAGUUAAUGGAGAAGCUGCCAGAGAUCAUAGAUCAACUACAGACGCCUCCAAAAAAACCACGGAUUGAAUAAUAUUCUCACUUCUCCUCAUCAUCA